CUGCCUGACUGGAAUGAGGGUAGCGGCGGCGGCGGGAGCGGGGCCGGCCAUGGCGGUGUGGACGCGGGCCACUAAAGCGGGGCUGGUGGAGCUGCUCCUGAGGGAGCGCUGGGUCCGAGUGGUGGCCGAGCUGAGCGGGGAGAGCCUGAGCCUGACCGGGGACGCCGCGGGGGCCGACCCCGAGCCCGCUCUGGGGCCGCCAGCGGCCGCCUUCAACGGCCUCCCGAACGGCGGCGGCGCCGGCGACUCGCUGCCGGGGAGCCCGAGCCGCGGCCUGGGGUCCCCGAGCCCGCCGGCGCCGCCGCGGAGCCCCGCGGGCGAGGCGGGCGCGUCGCCGCCCGUGCGCCGGGUGCGGGUGGUGAAGCAGGAGGCGGGCGGCCUGGGCAUCAGCAUCAAGGGCGGCCGCGAGAACCGGAUGCCGAUCCUCAUCUCCAAGAUCUUCCCGGGGCUGGCGGCCGACCAGAGCCGGGCUCUGCGGCUGGGCGACGCCAUCCUGUCGGUGAACGGCACGGACCUGCGCCAGGCCACCCACGACCAGGCCGUGCAGGCGCUGAAGCGCGCGGGCAAGGAGGUGCUGCUGGAGGUCAAGUUCAUCCGAGAAGUCACACCAUAUAUCAAGAAGCCAUCGUUAGUAUCAGAUCUGCCCUGGGAAGGUGCAGCUCCCCAGUCACCAAGCUUUAGUGGCAGCGAGGACUCUGGUUCUCCAAAACACCAAAACAGCACUAAGGACAGAAAAGUCAUCCCUCUCAAAAUGUGCUUUGCUGCUAGAAACCUAAGCAUGCCGGAUCUGGAGAACAGAUUGAUAGAGCUACAUUCUCCUGAUAGCAGGAACACGUUGAUCCUACGCUGCAAAGACACAGCCACAGCACACUCCUGGUUCGUAGCUAUCCACACCAACAUAAUGGCUCUCCUCCCACAGGUGUUGGCUGAACUCAAUACCAUGCUUGGUGCAACCAGUACAGCAGGAGGCAGCAAGGAGGUCAAGCACAUUGCCUGGCUGGCAGAGCAGGCAAAACUAGAUGGUGGAAGACAGCAAUGGAGACCCAUCCUCAUGGCUGUGACCGAGAAGGACCUACUACUUUAUGACUGUAUGCCAUGGACAAGAGAUGCCUGGGCGUCACCAUGUCAUAGCUACCCUCUGGUUGCUACAAGGUUGGUUCACUCUGGCUCUGGAUGCCGGUCCCCCUCACUUGGAUCUGACCUUACCUUUGCUACCAGGACAGGCUCUCGACAGGGCAUUGAGAUGCAUCUCUUCAGAGUGGAGACACACCGGGACCUGUCCACCUGGACCAGGACACUUGUCCAGGGUUGUCACGCUGCGGCUGAGCUGAUCAAGGAGGUCUCUCUAGGUUGCACAUUAAAUGGCCAAGAGGUAAGAUUCACUGUCCACUAUGAGAAUGGGUUCACUAUCUCCAGGGAAGAUGCAGGCACCAGCAGCAUACUGUACCGCUACCCCUUUGAGAGGCUGAAAAUGUCUGCUGAUGACGGCAUCAGAAAUCUCUAUCUGGAUUUCGGUGGCCCUGAGGGAGAACUGACCAUGGACCUGCACUCCUGUCCAAAGCCGAUUGUAUUCGUGUUGCAUACCUUCUUGUCGGCCAAAGUCACCCGCAUGGGACUGCUUGUAUGAGCAGCAAAAAAAUCAGAAAAGAGCCUUGACUGUCAAAAGAAGUAUUCUCACCUCAAAAAAGGAAAAAAAAAAAAAAGCACAAAAAGAAAGCUCUUUGCU